CCCGGCCCCUUCUCCCGCCGAGAGUUCCGGUCGGCGCAGGCGCUCGGCGGACACAUGAACGUGCACCGCCGCGACCGAGCUCGUCUCCGGCAGUGCGUCUCCCCGCCAGACCAUCAAGCACAGCCCCAGCCGACAAGCCCUCAUGAUCAUCAUGAGCACCUUCAGCCAGGGAUGCAGUAUAGGGCGGCAGUGCGCCCUAAAUCUCCACAGGAUCAGCAGGCCAGCAUGAUAGGCCCCUCUACUACCUCUCCUUCCUAUAUAUCCAGCAUCAUCAAAGAGAGCAGGAACAAGGUGUUCAUCUCCAUGCCUGCUGAGGAAGCCUCGGAAAGCGGCGAUGAGGGGGAAAGGAGGAAGCGCAGGCGUGUCGUCGAUCAGCCUCCAGCGGUGGCGCUACCGUUCUUCCUGCGGUGGUCACCAGCAUCAAGUGAAAGAGAGGGAAUGCAAGGAGCUGACGACGGUGAUACAAAGGUACCCAAAGCAGCCCCAAGCCCUAGCCCUCUCCUUCUUGGAGUAGGCCGGCAAGAAGUGGAUCUAGAGCUUAGGCUUGGGACUAGCUAGCUGCUGCUCCCAAAGUUGCAUGAUUUAAUCUUCUAAUUUUGCACUUCCAACUCGAUCGUGUGCGUGAGUGUUCAUGCUUCAGUUCUUCUUUUUCCCCUCGGUCUCUAUUUCGUUUGUGCUUAAUUCUUCUUGAUUGCCCUUAGUCAAUUUAUCCGAAUCCAAAAGCUUGUUUCUCUACAUAUGUGUGUAUAUAUGUAUGUCGAUUGAACUCUGCAAAAGCUCAAAUCAAAUCAUGUUACAAUUUGUA